AUGGCCCGGCCUGGCAGUGGGGCCGACUGCUACACAGCCAGCGUGGUGUCGCGGCUAAGAGCGCCGCAGAACGAAUACAUAGAGUUACAUCGUAAGCGCUAUGGUUAUCGCUUGGAUUACCAUGAGAGAAAAAGGAAGAAAGAGGGCCGUGAGGCUCAUGAGCGCUCAAAGAAAGCCAAGAAAAUGAUUGGUCUGAAGGCCAAGCUUUACCAUAAACAGCGCCAUGCAGAGAAGAUACAGAUGAAAAAGACCAUUAAGAUGCAUGAAAAGAGAAAUACCAAGCAAAAGAAUGAUGAGAAAACUCCAGAAGGAGCUGUGCCAGCAUACCUGCUAGACAGAGAAGGCCAAUCCCGAGCUAAAGUUCUUUCCAACAUGAUUAAACAGAAGCGGAAAGAGAAAGCAGGAAAAUGGGAGGUUCCUAUACCAAAAGUCCGUGCUCAGGGAGAGACGGAAGUUCUUAAAGUGAUUCGGACUGGAAAGAGAAAGAAGAAGGCAUGGAAGAGAAUGGUCACAAAAGUGUGUUUUGUUGGGGAUGGCUUCACACGGAAACCUCCAAAAUAUGAACGAUUCAUUCGGCCAAUGGGUUUGCGGUUCAAGAAGGCCCAUGUGACCCAUCCUGAACUCAAAGCAACUUUUUGUCUACCUAUACUUGGUGUAAAAAAGAAUCCUUCUUCACCUCUGUAUACAUCUCUGGGAGUAAUUACAAAAGGUACCGUCAUCGAGGUGAACGUUAGUGAACUUGGUCUUGUGACACAAGGAGGCAAAGUAGUUUGGGGAAAAUAUGCACAAGUGACCAACAAUCCAGAAAAUGAUGGGUGCAUUAAUGCACUUUUGCUUGUAUAGGCGGCACACAGAACUCCACUAACUUUUCCAAGCAGAUGGGUGCCUCAAAAUAUGGACAGAUUAAGAGCUUGCUUUGUCACAUCAGCACCAGAAGAACUUAAAGUUUG